UACAUGCACUGAAUGUGUAGUACAUACCUGAAUUAGAAGCCAGCUAUAUAAAGUCCUUGACUCUGUGUGGGUUCAAAUACAUUUCAAAGCUUCAGGAUCUUGAAAGGUUUCACUCUGCUUCCUGAAGCCCUGAACCUGCUCCCACAACGCCAUGGCUGGCUUUGGAUACCGGAGGCGUGGGGCUCCGCGGGACCCGCUUUGUAGGACCUGGCCCUGCACCGUUCUGUGUUCUCUUCUCUUCAUCCCUGUCUUCUCCAACGGGAUGCGCGUGGCCCAGCCUGCAGUGGUGCUGGCCAGCAGCCGUGGUGUCGCCAGCUUUGUGUGUGAGUACAGCUCUUCGGGCAAAGCUGCUGAGGUCCGGGUGACAGUGCUGCGGCAGGUUGGCAGCCUGAUGACUGAAGUCUGUGCCACAACGUAUAUGGUGGAGAAUAAGUUGACCUUCAUAGAUGAUUCCACCUGCCUGGGCACUUCCAGUGGAAACAAAGUGAAUCUCACCAUCCAAGGGCUGAGGGCCAUGGACACGGGGCUCUACAUCUGCAAAGUGGAGCUCAUGUACCCACCUCCCUACUAUGUUGGCAUGGGCAACGGAACCCAGAUUUAUGUCAUUGAUCCAGAACCAUGUCCAGAUUCUGAUUUCCUCCUCUGGAUACUUGCAGCAGUUAGUUCGGGGUUGUUUUUUUACAGCUUCCUCAUCACAGCUGUUUCUUUGAGCAAAAUGCUAAAGAAAAGAAGCCCUCUUACUACAGGAGUCUAUGUGAAAAUGCCCCCAACAGAGCCAGAAUGUGAAAAGCAAUUUCAGCCUUAUUUUAUUCCCAUCAAUUGAGAGGCCAUUAUGAAGAAGAAAGACAAUUUUCCCAUUUCUAAGAGCUGAAGCUAUUC